AUGGAUGCCAUCGGUCAUGACCCCCCCAACUUCGAAUGCGAUACGUGUGGCCGCUAUUUCCGCAGCCAGCACGCUGUGGAGCAGCACAUGACUGAUAUGGACCACUGGGCCGAAUCCUCCGAGUCCGGAGAGCCAGAGUACGAGUGUGACGGCUGCGACGACGCGUUUAAUGACGAGGAUGACCUACGCGACCACGAGGUCAAGGAGCACUUCUACUGCGACCCUUGCAAUCGGUAUUUCCAGGACUGGAACAGCAUCAAUCAGCAUCUGCACGGCAAGCUCCACCGCAACAGCGACAUUCGAUGCCCUUUCUGCAAGGAGAUGUAUAGAACAGCCACGGGCUUGAUUCACCACCUAGAGCGUGGCACUUACUCCUGGGCCCCUCUAGACCGUGAUAAACUCUACGAGGCUGUCCGACGUCGUGAUCCGAAUGGCAUAAUCUCCAAGAAGCUGCUUACCUGGUCGGGCACUAUCAGAUACGAGGCCAACGAGAGGGCAUGGAACCACGCUGUCGAAGCCUAUGAGUGCUAUCUCUGUCAUCGCCUCUUUGGUAAACUUGCAUCCUUGAACCAACACCUUAACUCCCCUAUUCACCAGGAGAAACUCUACCACUGCCCAAACCGUCGUUGUGGCAGUGAGUUUACAACUCUUGCUGCUGUUAUGAAUCAUCUGGAGAGUGAGAGUUGUGGGUACAUGUGCUUCGAGGCUGUCCAGAAACACGUUGAGCGUAUUGUUGAUCCCAGUCGCAUGAUCCAAUUCUGA